AUGCGGCACCAGUAUUCUCGUUCCUCUUGGGCUCUACGCCAGUUGUGGUCUAUUUACAUUGAGAAGAAGCGUAUUCUUGAACUGUCUACUCGAUUUUUAGCCUCUUCAAGAAAACCUAAUUCCCCUCCCACGUUUUCACCCAGCUUCAGCGGUAUGCGAAAAUUAGCCAAUACAUGUUACAUGAAUUCCGUUUUACGGGCCCAUCCCGCCGCAAACUUUGUGAUGAGUCAUACAUUUUUCCGAUAUUCUGCCAUCCGUCAAGAAGUGUCGAUAUCAGAACACGACAUCCUUUGA